ACUGCUUACAUAAUACAGACUAUUAUGACUUUAAUGAAUUUGACCAGUUUAAUUGCAUGUUUUAAUUUGUUUGUGUGCUUGUGAUGGGCUUGAUGGCUCCAGAACUGGUAGAACCGGUCAGUCGCUCUCACUUUGUGGGUUUGUCCUUAAUCACCCUCCAGACGACACCCGUCCUGACCGAUCCAGACAGACCGUCGUGUUCAGCCGGGAGAUUAUAUCUCAGAUUACAAGGGACAUGAUAAAUAUUGAGAGUUGGAUUCAUCCUGGACUGUAAACACAGUGUUGCCAGAAAUCUGUUGCUGUCUGGUUAAUACUCUUGUGUCAAUACACGCUUUAUGCAAUUGUUUUUUGAACAUUUCUCUGCAAUGGAUUAUUUUAGUAUUGCUUUGUUAUAAUGAGGUGCAUGGGAUGAUUCACAGCCUCAGUAACAACCAAACAUUGAUAAAAUAGCAGAAAAAUACAUGUUCUUUUUCAUUCGUCACUGUUGUUAAUAUUUCUGGUUUCAUUUAAUAGCAUCAUAAAAUAUGCUUUAGAGAAAUACAGUUAGAUUACUCAGAAUGAUUUAUUUUAUAUUCUUCUUAAUAAUUGGUGAAGUAUAGUUUAUUUCCAUUUCAAACUUGAUGAAAUACAUUCAGUUCUCUUUAGAAAUAUGUCAAUAUUAAAAUUAGAAGUUUCCUAUAUUCAUUUCAUAUAAUAAAUCCAUAAUCUUCUGGAACCUCUGUAAUUUCCACAAGGAAUAUUGUUCUGGCUGCUAAAAUCCAUUAUAAACUAAAUACUGCUCCUGUGUAGCUAAAUCAUUUACAAAUAAUAAUUUCAUAGAUAAACAAAUGAAAUUAAAUAAAAUGGAAAAGGAUGACAAACAGAUUAAACCUCGAUUUUUUUUCAGGAAUCUAGCAUUUAUGUGAGUCUGUAAAGUAAAAAUGACUGGGGGUCUGAAUGAUCAAUUAAGAGUUGAAUAAAUGAUUGUACAAUUAUUCUAUGUAAUUAUUUAUAAUCUAUGAACAAUUAUUCAACACGAAUAACUAUGGAAGCCCGUUUCUGCCACUAAAAAAAAAAUUAUAUCUCACAAUUGCGAGUUAUAAAGUCAGAAUUCUGAGAUAAAAAGUCGCAAUUAAUCUUUUUUUUUAGUGGCGGAAACGGGCUUCCAUAAAUAACAACAUGAAAACGCUAAGAAUACAUUCAAAUACGGAUUCGGACAUGUGCGAAUGGUUUGGUUGAAUUCAAAGAAUCAAUUCGGCAGGAUUCAAUCGAUUCAGUAAAGAGAACCGAUUCUCAAAACGAUUCGUUCGCGAGCGCUAUAGGGAUGAUGUCAUGUUUAAAGCUCCACGCUGGAUCGCGGCGGUGGGAGGAGCUUAAUCCGCCAGUUCAGAUGCCUGUGACACUUCAAAACAAGUUUGGGAAGUUUGGGGAGAGAAACCGGCGGAGCGGCGUGUUUUCCGGCAGAACUCAUUAGACUGAUGAAGCGGCGGAGAGCUCGAGCUCGCUCAGAGAAUGCACUGGGAGCAGCUGCUGCGCGCGAACAAUGGGAAGAUCGAGAGGCUGGAGGGCGGUCUCGCACAGGCGGUGUCGUACGGGGCUGACGGUUCGUUGCUGGGCUCCGAGGACGCCGGUCUUGACCCUCAGCGCACGCGGCAGGCGAUUGCUCAACUGCAGCAGAAGAUCCUGAAGCUCACCGAGCAGCUGCGCAUCGAGCAGGCGGCCCGCGAUGAAAAUGUGGCCGAGUACCUCAAACUGGCCAGCAAUGCCAACGACAAACAGCAGAGCACCCGUAUCAAACAGGUGUUCGAGAAGAAGAACCAGAAGUCUGCAGCGAGCAUCGCCCAGCUGCAGCGUAAGCUCGAGCAUUACCACCGGCGGCUGCGCGAGGCGGAGCACAGCGGCGUGCAGCGGCAGCCCAAAGACGUGCUGCGGGACAUGCAGCAGGGCCUGCGGGACGUGGGCGCCAGAGUCAUCACGGGCCUCAGCGAAGGUGUGGUGGACAGUGUCAAGGGCGGACUGUCGAGUUUCUCCCACGCCACACACUCCGCCGCCGGGGCCGUGGCCUCCAAACCUCGCGAGAUCGCCUCGCUGAUUCGCAACCGGCUCGGAAGUGCUGAUAACAUCAACGUCCUGAAGGACGGCGCGGAGGACGGCGAGGACACGGUGACCGGACGCUCUCUGGGAUCUGCUGCUGGACACCUGCAGUCCAGUCCGAAGUUUGACAGUGACGAGGACUGUUCGAGUACGACCUCGGAAUCGGCGGAAGCCCACAGCGUGACGGGAGCGCCCGGAGGUCCUCCCAGCUCCAGAGGGAACACGCUAGAGAGGGGACGCGGCGGCGGCUGGGACAUGUUGCUGCAGGAGGUGCAGGAGCUGCGGGACACACAGGCACGGCUGGAGGAGUCUUUGGAGAGUCUGAAGAGCGAUUAUCUGAAGGAGUGCUCGCUAAUGAAGCAAGCGCUGCAGGAGGAGAGGUUCAGGUGCGAGCGCUUAGAGGAACAAGUGAGCGAUCUGACGGAGCUCCACCAGAACGAGAUCUUGAACCUGAAGCAAGAGUUGGUCAGCAUGGAGGAGAAGAUCGCGUAUCAGUCCAACGAGAGAGCCCGUGACCUACAGGAGGCUCUGGAAGCGUGUCAGACGCGCGUCUCUAAGAUGGAGCUGCAGCAGCAGCAGCAGCAGGUGGUUCAGCUGGAGGGACUGGAGAACGCCACCGCACGAACCCUGCUGGGGAAACUCAUCAACGUGCUGCUGGCCCUCAUGGCCGUCCUGCUGGUCUUCGUGUCCACCGUCGCCAACUGCGUGGUCCCGCUGAUGAAGACGCGCAGCCGCUCCGUCUCCUCGCUGCUCCUCUUCCUCCUGUUCGCUGUCCUCUGGAGGAACUGGGACACUUUCUCAGGACACACCUACCGCUUUCUGCACGUGCCCAGAUGAGGCUACUAGUUAAAUAGGGCCUAUUAUGUCCUUUCUCAAAGUCUUGAUGUUGUUUUUGGGCUCUACUAGAUUGAAUGUUGAUUAUUUUCCUCAUAUUCUCCAUUGUUCAGCUCCUCUCUUCCCAGUCUGUCAGUAACGCUCUGUUUAGUUCCUGUCUCUGUGA